GGAAUUCGGUUGUGUUUGUCAAUUGGGCAAGAAGACGGCACCACCGUACCUUAAAUCCUGACCCAAUUGACUGGACGGGAAAGUGUAAAAACGCCGUUUUCAUUUUGUUGGUAGUCAAAGUUGUUUUUUCUUCGACCCAAAUAGGAAAUAGGAGUCCGUCGGGAAGUGGAGCUGUUUUUUUUUGUUUUGUUUUCUUGUUUUUUUCGGGUACAAAAGCCCUGAGUCGGAUCCAAAGACACGAGUCUUUCGCCCUCGCACCUUCGGUCGUGUUUUUCUUUUUGAGUCGUACCAGUGUUAAAAAUGCCCAAAUACAUAAAUAAACAGUCAAGAGACAGGUUCAACAACAAAGGAAUUUCCCUAUGAGGAUUUAGUCAUCAGUUCAUAUAACUUCAAUACAACAGUUACACCUUACCUUUGCCUUGGUACAUUGCCCAUUGUUCAGAAAGUAGCUCUAGUACGUCGAAGUUCCUAUACUAGUGGAAAAAAUGGGCAAAGGAAAGACUAAAAGGAACGCGAGAUAUGAAGAUUUCCGAAGAUAUGAUAGUUUCGAACAUGAUGACAGGAAGGAGCAUGAUGUUAUUAGAAGAGUAUCUUUUAAGAACACGAAGAUGUCGAACAGAAAAUUCCGCUCCUGGAAGAACUUCGACGAUUUCAUGAAAGAUACUGACAUCGAAAUGAUAACAGACAGCCGAGGUUCCAAGUCGGAUAGAUUAUUUUUAAGAAGCGGGAGAGAGUCUAUGGACAAAAAACAAGCAGAAACUAUCGACACAAAUUUAUUUCUGAGCAAGUCGAACCCAUGUCGGAUAAAACAAAGAAGAUGUUAUUUCAAAAUCAAUGCAAACAACUCCAAAGGUGAUGGAAGGAGAGCAAAUAGAAGGAGGACACUUCCUGACAAUGGUGUCAACUGGUUUAAAGUUGAAAUUUAUUACGGGAACAGGUACGGAAAAGACUAUUUGCUUAAACUACUGUCAAAUUACAUCAAACCAACACCAUUGUUGCCUAUGAAUUAUAAAGUCGGACGAGAUGGUACAUCAUUCGUUGUUGAUGAUCGUGUAACAGCAGAGGAUUUACUCAAUGCCGAUAAAAGAAUCACCGUCACUGAUGGCCGCAAACUUUCCAUAAGGGUCAGGCCGUACACACCUAUUCUAGAAAUUGACACCAAAAUAAUUGAAAUGAUGAAGAAGGUGAUGUCAACUCGAUACAGUGCAUACCAAAAAUCUUUGGACCUUUCUAAAUUUCAUUCCGACCCGAUUCUGUUAGCGGAAAAUAUGUUUUGCCCUUUGAGCCGAUCAAAUGUGAUGAUGAAUGCCAUUGACAUUAUUUCUGACUCAAUCCCUGAUGUUACUGCCAUCGACAUGUCGUACAACAAAAUCCAACAGCUCGACAUAAUAAAGACAGUAUUUGAUAAGCUACCACACCUCAAAUCGCUCUCUUUAUCACAUAACAGAAUACGAGACAUACGCCAGCUAGACACCUUGAAAGGCAUGAACUUGGAAGAAGUCAACCUAGAUGGGAAUCCGCUUUGCGCCAAGUAUCAAAAUCACGAGGAGUAUGUAAGGGCUGUAAGGCAGAGAUUCCCCAAGGUCAUCAAAUUGGAUGGGUUGAAUCUUCCACCGCCGAUCCUAUUUGACACUGGAGAAGAUGAGACAAAAUUGCCUUCGUCAAAGCCGAGUUUCAUGUGUGACCCUGGCAACGGUAUGAACAUAUCAAAAAUGUUCCUCGAGCGCUAUUAUCAAAUUUAUGAUAGCGACGACCGUACGAUGCUUCUUGAGGCAUACCACGAUGAUGCACAGUUCUCAUAUGACUGUUGUUCCUCGAUGCUCGACCAGUCUGACACACAGUUGUCUAGUUAUCUGCAUAACAGCCGUAAUUUAUUCAGGGUGUCCAAUGUAGAAAAACGUGUCCGCCUGCUCAAAAAAGGAAAACUGCACAUAAUCGAACAUUUAAAGACUAUGUCUAAGACACAGCAUGAUCCUUCAUCAUUUGUCGUUGAUCUUGUAUUAUUUUCUCCGGAGUUGAUACAAUUAAACGUAUGCGGCCUGUUCAAGGAGAGAGAUAAGACAAAUACAACUGUCAAGUAUUUCUCUAGGGUCUUCAUUAUCAUACCAGUCGGGACAGGUUUUUGCAUAAUAAAUGAACAGCUCACAAUUUUACCGGCAAGCACAGAGCAGCUCAGAAAGAUAGCCAAAGUGAAAGAUGCUCCACCGGUGGCUGUGUCUCCUGUUGCUGGAGUGUCAUCUUCAGUUUGUCAUCCGUCGGCCAUAAGUCCAGCUCAAAUGGAUGUCACCACUAAGCAGGCGAUGGUCAUCAGGCUCUCGAACCAUACCGGCAUGAACCUGAUGUGGUCGGAAAAAUGCUUAAACGAGACUGAAUGGAAUUAUGACCAAGCUGUCUUCUCAUUUUCUGAGUUGCAAAAAACAGGGGCUGUUCCUGCUGAGGCGUUUGUGAAAUAAUACAUCAGGAGAUAAAUAUAAACUAUUUGUAUAUCAAAUUUUAUCUGUUCAGAUUCACUUUUAUUGUUAUUCAUCGAAAUCAAAAGAAAUAGUUAUUACAAAAAAAAGUCUUGAGAAUUUUUUUACGAUUCCUCAUUGCCUCAUUUCUUUGUUAUUAACCGUUUACCCAUUACUUUUAUUGGUUCAUAAAAACUGUUUUAAUUAUAGGACUGAAGAAAAUGUGUUGUAAAUAUGAUUUUUAAAUUUUCAUUUGUGGUGAAAUACCUGUAAAUAAUGUCGUUCAAUGAUCCAUAAACAAUACAAAUUUAUCCUUUAAAAAAAUUAAAUAAUUUGUUUUAUAUAAAAUGAAGUGCAAAAGUGUUAUUUGGCUGAUUUCCCUUCACCUCUCACGUAACAUUUAAAUAUGUAUUAUAUUGUAAAUAAAGGAACUUUUUAUUUGCGUGA